UUUAUUUGGCACCCCUGCUGAGGAAUCUGCUAGCCGGGGGGAGAAAAAUUCUCUGGAAACCUCCACAGCUCCUCCCAGUGGUAACUCCAGUGAGUCUCCCACCCCGACCCCCCCUUCCUCCCUACCUCUGCUCUCUGCCAACCAUGAGGUGCAGCAUGUGGAGGUGGAGCUGGUGACUCCUCCCCCAGCCAUUAUUGGGACAUCACCCAAAACCGGUAUUAUUCGCCGGACACUGAAGUAUUCUGAGACUGACCUGGACGCUGUCCCUCUGCGCUGCUACCGAGAGACGGACAUAGACGAGGUGCUGCUGGCCGAGCAGGACGAUGCUGACUCUGCGUUUGGGAGUAACCGUAGUGUGCAGGGCACCUCAGGUACAGGUAGCAGCCCAUUGGGAGGUUUGGCUUAUGCGAGAACAGAUGGGGAAGAUGAGAGAGCAGGCACAAGACAAGAUGACGAAGAGGAAGAGGAAGAUGAUGAUGACGAUGAUGAGGAAGAGGAAGAAGAAAUGGUGAGUUGGGCCAGUGUGAGGAUGCAAGGAGACAACAGGAAGAGGGAGUACGCAGCCCAGGAGGAGCCGGAGGUGUUUGGACAUCUUCUAAAGAGGCCAAUGGAAACAUUUUUUGACAACCACCACCCGGCCCUGAAGUCCCCCAUCUUGGUGUCUGGUCCACGCUUUGCUGCUGAGGACACCUUCAGCCGUCACUUUGAAAGCAUCAUGGAGUCUCACAGAGCCAAAGGGACAUCAUACAAUAGCCUGGACAGUGAGGAGCUGCUGACCUCAACCACUCAGACUGUCUUGACCUUUGACCUCCCUACACUAACCCCCGCCAUCCAUGGCCCCGUCUGCCAGAGUGCCAGGCAGAUCGUCCAGCUCAGCUUCGCCCCAUUGGCACACGAUGAGAGGCCCAGUCUCUCUGAUUCCAUCUUCACUGUAACUGGAGACUCGGACGCCACUCGAGCCCCGUCCAGCGAGAGGUUGAGCAGCGGUUCAGACGACACGCCACCCAGAGGACGGGACACAGUGCAGCUCGGGAGCGGCUGGUACAGCAACCCCUCUUUCUCUUUACCAACCAGGGAGAAGGCCCGUCUGGCGACAGAUUCGGAGCUGGACCAGGACCUCAGUGACAGGCUCGGUCUGGGCAGCAGUGACACCCUCACCAAUGGCAGCCACCGUGCAGACAUGGCAGCUGCUAAACGCCUGGCUAAACGUCUGUAUAACUUGGAUGGAUUCAGGAAGUCCGACGUGGCACGCCACCUCAGCAAGAAUAAUGACUUCAGCCGUAUGGUAGCAGAGGAGUAUCUUAGUUUCUUCAGCUUCACAGGGCUCGGUCUAGACCAGGCAUUACGGACUUUCCUCAGGCAGUUUGCCCUGAUGGGAGAGACUCAGGAGAGGGAGAGGGUGCUGUCACACUUUUCUAGGCGUUAUUUUGACUGCAACCCAAAAGUCAUACCAUCAGAGGAUGCAGUUCACACGCUCACCUGUGCCCUAAUGCUGCUGAACACUGAUCUGCAUGGUCAGAACAUCGGUAAGAGGAUGUCCUGCCCUCAGUUCAUUGGUAACCUGGAAGGACUGAAUGACAGCCAAGAUUUUCCAAAGGAUCUGCUUAAAGCACUGUACAACUCAAUCAAGAAUCAGAAGCUUCAAUGGACACUAGACGAGGAAGAGCUUCGGAAGUCGUUUUCGGAGCUCGGGGACAGCCUGUGCGACUCCAACGCCUCCAGAUCCAUGAAACGGGUGGGCAGCAGUGAGAAGCCCCUGUCAGAUGAAACACAGCCCACCGGUGCACUGCUGUACAAGAACGGCUUUCUCGUCCGCAAGGUUCAUGCUGAUUCAGAUGGCAAGAGAACACCGAGGGGAAAGAGGGGGUGGAAGACUUUCUAUGCCAUCUUAAAAGGGCUAAUUCUCUAUCUGCAAAAAGGGGAGUACAGACCUGAUAAGCAACUAUCUGAUGAAGACUUGAAAAAUGCUGUAUCCAUCCAUCAUUCUCUGGCGAUGAAAGCUUCUGAUUACAGCAAGAGGCCGAAUGUGUUUUAUCUGCGAACCGCUGACUGGAGAGUGUAUCUCUUCCAAGCACCGAAUGCAGAGCAGAUGCAGUCAUGGAUCACACGAAUCAACACGGUAGCUGCCAUGUUUUCGGCUCCUCCCUUCCCAGCAGCCAUCGGCUCCCAGAAGAAGUUCAGUCGGCCGCUGCUGCCUGGGACGAUGUCAAAAUUGUCAGAGGAGGAGCAAGUCAGAUCCCACGAAGCCAGAUUUCGUGCCAUCUCUACUGAACUAGCUGAGCUACGCUCAUACCCUCCUGAUCGUAAGGUCAAAGGUCGGGAGCUUGAAGAGUACCGUCAACGGGAUGAAUAUCUGGAGUUUGAGAAAACACGGUAUGGAACCUAUGCCAUGCUCUUGCGGGCGAAAAUCAGGAGUGGUGAGGAAGACCUGUCUGUGUUUGAGUCACAGCUAUUGGAGGACAAUGGGCUUCAGAGGGCCCACUCCAGCCCCACGCUGCAGGACAGCAGCCAGGCCAGCCAAGCCAGCAGCACCAGGGACGGUGGCAACAGCAGCAAAGCCAGUGCCUGCAGCAGCAAGCCUCGACAGGAAGGCCAGAGACACAGCUACCGACAAGCUGUCAAGAAGUGAGACGGGGCGGGGGCGCCGGGAGCGGCAUGGCGUUGCACUGCCAGCGGCAGGCUGUCUCCCUGCAUAGGUUUUUAUUUGAAAUCCAGGAGGGUUUGGAGCUCUGCUUGAAGGGGGAGCCGGAGUGAGGGUAUACCCCACACCCUUCCCCAAACAUGACGCCCUACCCGGCACCCCAAUCUUCUCAUCUAAUAGAGGAGGUGCAGAUCCUGUGACUGACAUAGUAGCUAGGUAGUACCAGCAAGGUUGUUGGUGCAGGAGGUGGGAGGAACGGUUGGGAGGUUACAGAUCUGCGGAGAUGAGGUGUCUUUAGGAACAUACGCUGGCUUAAGCAGCACACAGUAUUGUGCAGCAGGACAUAGAGGGUGCUUAUAGAUUGGACAGGGCACCAACAGGGACCUACAUCUAGCAUCCUUUGCUUUUGUUCCACUUUAAUUCUUUCAUGGCACCUCUUCGGCCAAGUUCUCCCACCUUUGUCUUGAUCUUUCAAUCAGUUUUUGGGACCAAACAUGUUUACACAUAAAAACAUCAUAUUUUAGACAACUGAUUGUUUGAUUUCAGUUGAACAGCUACCACCACUCUGAUUUGAAGUGCUGUGUAGUGUCCAGACUCAUCAGAUUUUAUGGAGCCAUGACAUUCCAGCUCCUUUUUUGCCACAUCACCAUGGUGUGUUCACAUUCCAUAUAGGAGCGGGACAUUACAGCAUUUCACUCCUGUGCAAAUUUCACUGAAGGUGAUAUCACAUCAAAUCAUACUGAAGAUGGACAGUGCAUCACAUUAAGUGUUGAGGUUAUUGCUGCAGUACAAAUGGGCUGAGGGCUGGAGACGGUGCAGCUCCUCUCUCUGCCUCCUUUCUCGUGUCACUGCUGGCCAGUUAGAGGUGACGACACCAGUAGAAGCUCACAUACUCUUGGUAUGCAGCAGUUUAACUCAGUGCUACAUCUCAGCCAGAGAGGCACCGUUUUUUUUUGUUUUGUUUUUUUGUUUUGUCUUUUUUUGCUCUACUUGAACAGAUGAUCUCUUACCAAGUUGCUUUAGCUUCUGUCCUGUGGUGUGCUUCUGUUCUCUUUCUACUUCUUGGCCGAAUGUUAUUUUCUCAAGUGAUCCGCAUGCCUGCAUCCAGCUCAGCUUCUUUUAGGGCUUUUACUCUUUUGAGGGCAAAACUGAAAGCAACAAAAAUGUUUUCUGAGGUCAUUUAGUCCUUUUCCACAUGCCGGUGCCAUAUCCCCCAUGUGUGAUCUUUGUCUGUACUAUAGACCCUCAUUUAUAAAACCUAUUUUAACACUCACCAGGCAGACCCUGAAUGUUCUUGUUUUUCAAUAUUUUUACAGUAUUUUACAGUUGUUUGUUGAUGUUGAACCUAUUCCUCCUGUGUAAUGUAUGUCAAGUGUAUGAUGAAAUAUGAUAUUGACAAUGUAAAAGGAAAUAUGUUAUCCAUAUUAUUUGUAAUCAUCCAGGAUAUGUUGUAUAUAAUGCACCAUCUGCUGUACGCUUAUAUUGUAGGAUAUAUGACAGUAUAUUUACAAUAUAUUCAACACACUGUUGUGGAAAUUAAUUAGGUACACAAAAAGUUGACAGUUCUUGUACUCAGAGUCUCAGAAGCACUACACAAUAAUCAUGUGUUGUUUUUUUUUUUUUUUUUUUUUACACCUUAGUGUUUUUGGAAAAGGUAUUAAGUCAGCAACAGCACAAUAUGAGUAUUAUAGUCAUGCCUAUGUACCUAACAAAGAUUAGUAACUGAUCUGAGGGUGUUUCUGAUGGGAUUAUGCCAUGUGGAAAUGGAAAAAGUAAUUAAUGUACUCCACUGAAGGAAGUAUUCCAAAGACAGUGUACGCUAUGAACUAAUAGCAUGAUUUUCAUCAGGGUUUCUUGUGAAGUCAAAGAUGCAUGACAAAGACAGAGAACAUAAAGGAAAGACAUUUCACAUAAGGAAGAUCCUCAGCUGGGGUUUGUGUGAGGAUACGGAAAUGGAGGACUGGUUUAAAUGUUGAACCAUACAUUACAUUAUUUUGGCAGCCAUACACACCUCAUGGCAGUAAUGUUUCUUUAUUGAAGUAUAGCCAUUUUCUACUCAGGCUUUAAAAUUAAACCUUGAGCAGCUGCAGUGCCAGCGUUUUACCAGCAGGGGGAGCUGUCAAUGUUCACAUUGUUAUCUUGUUCAGCCAUAGUCACACCUGCUGCACCUGCAGUGAAUAUGCAUGCAUGGCAUCACCCAUCCACUUCAUGAUGGGUAUCGCAGGGCUAUGAGAUAGGACCAGUUUGUGUAAAUCAUUACUGUCAGGUCUGAUUUUGUGUACCCUCAUGUGUUUGUUGACAUGUCCGUGUCACCAUUAGGUACUGUGUGCAUGCUUGUCUCCACUGGAUAUUCAGUGUAUUGGAGGAACAUGUUAAAAGUGGUUCUAGGAAACUUUACACCCAUUUCCAGGUUAAUAUUGUCAUUUGCAACAUUUUCCCAGAAGCACUGCAAUCCCACUAAAAACUCUUAAGAACUCUAAAAGUUACAAAUAUUUAUAACUUUUUAAAUUAAAAAAAAAAAAAAAAAUGCAGUUUUUAGAACCGAUUGAUUUGUCCUUUUGCAUAGUGUUUGCCUUUCAAACCAUAUUCAAAUCUGUGAUUUCUUACCUUCAGUUUUACUCCUUCCUGCACUUCUAUUAUCCUGUAUUACUCACAGUAAAACUUUAUUUUCUCAUCUGUCUUUCACUUCAGUCUUCACUUAAGUCUUAACCAGUCUAUACUGUUGCCAAGACAGAUACAUUGAACCGUUUAAUCUGGUAUCACAGCUGUAUAUUUAUUAAUAAUGUUUCACUAAUAUGAAUGUUAAGUGCCAUUUAUGUUCUACUAGAAAGGAGAUUAAUAAACAACUGGAGGCUGCACUUGCAUACAUUAAUUUAACAAUAUCAAAUCAACUAUUUAUUGUAGCCACUUACUCUUGUCAGUUUUUUGUUUCAAUUCUGUGCAACCAGCAUGUUUUAGCUUAAACACAGACCAUAUGGGUGGAUAUAACAUGAAAACAUGGCAGUCCUUUAGAGCAUCCACCUUGUCAAAGACUCCAAGGUCCUUCUCCACCCCUCCCCAUCACUUUCCAUUUGUUGUCACCACUUGCUUACAUCAAAGAGCAGCUGCAGGAUCUCCAUGGCACUGGUUAGCAUGGAAAUGGCUGGUUCCCCUGGUGACGGCUCUGUGAUGCUCAAGUGAAAGUCACCCCUUUGUACUGCAUUCACAGAGGUAGCAUACCUCAUUUAAAGCAGCAGUGCAUGCCUGCAGCCAUUUGGGAAAACUGUCCAUUGAACGUGCAUUGGUACUGUGAGCAUUUCUGUUGUUCUGGUUCACCUGUGCCAGUCUCAUCUCUGAAUGUGACAUGUAAAUAAAGCAUGAGAUAUUAAGGCCUGCUUUCAUUUAUAAUAUGGUUAGAGUAUUAAAUGAAGGGUUAAUAUAUAAAGUAGGUCAACAUUUUUUGGUCCUUGAGCUCAUGGUCCUUUUUUUUCUUGUCUUUUUUUUUUUCUCUCUUUUUUUUGGUCAAUGUGAAUGAAGAAAAUGGCUAUAUUUAAUGCUGUUGUAUGCUGUUGUGUUUUAGAGAAUUGAGCCCGCUCAUACAAAUCUUUUACAUGUAGGGGGUCUGAUCCAUCUCAGUGUUUUUAGACUGGUGCAGGUAAGGCAAUGUUCAUUUUAUGCUAUACAUACAGUAAGCUACAUGUAUCACUGCCUUGUUUAAACUCACCAAGGAAAUGUCGUUUGUGAGCUUCUCAUUUUGGGAGGCACAGAAGAUGAAAAUAAAAGUGUUUUGAAAGGUUA